AUGGAUAAACUCGUUGACGAAUUUGUAGUACCAGGUGAUGUUAUUGGUAAAAUAGGUGACCUUAAAGUUAGAAUAGGGCCUGGUUUAUUACAAUCAAAAGAGACAGUUGUAGCAACUAAAGCAGGUGUUUUAAGAUAUAGCAAAUUUCAUAAAUUUUAUUGGAUAGAAAAUGAACAAAAAAGAUAUGUUCCACAAGUUGAAGAUAUGGUUAUAGGUACAAUUGUCGAAAAGCAUGCGGAAUCAUUUAAAGUAGAUAUAGGAUCAAGCUGUAAUGCAUUAUUAUCAGCAUAUUCAUUUGAAGGUGCAACCAAAAGCAAUAAACCAUUAUUAAAUAUUGGAAAUUUAGUAUAUGCACGUGUAACUGUUGCAAAUAGAGAUAUGGAACCUGAAAUUGUUUGUUUAUCACAAAAACAAAAAGCUGAAGGUUUUGGUCAAUUAAUUGGUGGUUAUAUGUUAAAUUGUUCUUUAGGUUUAUCACAUUAUUUAUUAUCAGAAGAUUGUUAUAUAUUACAAGUUUUAGGUAAACACAUUCCAUACGAAAUAGCAGUUGGAGUCAAUGGUAGAGUUUGGGUUAAUUCAGGUAGCAAUAUAAAUACUAUUAUCAUUUCAAAUACUAUAAUAAAUUCUCAAUUUAUACAAGAAGAUCAAAUCGAACCAUUUAUAUUAAAAGCUUUAGAAACUGCAAAAGAACAAAAUCAAUAA